AUGCUCGAAGGACUCGUCGCCAACCUGCUGAAUCGGUUCUUGGGCAUGUAUGUCCAGAACUUCGAUCCUAAGCAGCUCAACGUUGGCAUAUGGGGCGGAGACGUCAAGCUGCGAGACCUUGAGCUUCGAAGAGAAGCUCUCGAUCAGCUCCACCUCCCUCUAAACGUUGUCUCUGGCCAUCUCGGGCAGCUCACAUUGUCAAUACCGUGGUCGAACCUACGCGGCAAGCCUGUCAAAGUCAACAUCGAGGAUGUCUUCAUAUUGGCAGCGCCGAAAGAAGACACCCAGUACGAUCCCGACGAGGAAGAGCGCCGACAACACGCUGUCAAGAUGGAGAAGCUGGAGAGCGCCGAGCUGCUCAAGGAGAGGAACACUGAAGGCAUGAGCGCCGAGGAGCAGAAGAAGAACCAGAGCUUUACCGCAAGUCUGGUUACAGCCAUUGUGGACAAUGUGCAAGUCAGCGUUAAGAACAUCCACAUCCGAUACGAAGACUCGAUUUCGGAUCCUGGCCACCCCUUUGCUCUUGGCCUCACGCUGGAAGAGUUCAGCGCUGUUAGCACCGACGAGAACUGGAAGCCCACGUUCAUCCAAAGCGCCUCGGAAUCAACGCACAAGCUUGCUACGCUCGGGUCGUUAGCCGUGUACUGGGACACGGACGCCAACCUGCUGGGCACUGGUGUAGGAGAGUCCGGUUCGGACAAGCAAGGCAUUGAACGGAACGAGUUCAUCGAGAAGCUGCGCGGAAUGAUAGUUAGAGGCGAUAGUCCCGCCGUCACGGAGCAUCAAUUCAUCCUCAAGCCCGUCAGCGGUAGGGCUGGCCUGGAGAUGGACAAGACCGGCAAGACCGACAGGGCGAAAAUGAAGGCGCGCCUGUUGUUCGACGAACUCGGUUUUAUCAUCGACGAGGAUCAGUACCGGGAUGCUCUCAUGCUCAUUGAUCUCUUCCACUACUUCAUCAGACAUCAAGAAUUCGCAAAGAUCAAGCCAAAGGACAGACCCAGUGAAGAUCCCCAGGCGUGGCUGCACUUUGCAGGCAAGGCCGUCCUCGACAAGAUCCAUGAACGGAAUAGGAAGUGGUCAUGGGAAUACUUCAAAGAACGACGAGACGACCGCAUACGCUACAUUGAUCUGUUCAAGAAGAAAAAGAAGGAUGAGAAGCUCACACCCGAGGAAGCCAAGGAGUUGGAUGCGUUAGAGCACAAGCUAUCCUACGAAGACCUCCGCUUCUGGCGGUCACUAGCGCGCAACCAGUUGCGGAAGGAGAACGUGGGUGUCAAGAAGCAGCCACAGAAGCAGGGCUGGGGCUCUUGGAUUGGGUGGGGAAGCAAGAAGCAACCGCAUGAAGAGGAGCACCAGGCCGAUGAUACCCAAAUGACUGAACAGCAACGCAAGGAGCUAUAUGAUGCUAUCGACUUCGACGAGAAGAAAACCAUUACCGAAGCCGUUGAUAUGCCGAAGGAGUAUGUCAAGAUGCAGGUUGAGAUGAACCUGCGGACUGGCAGCUUUACCCUCAAGCGGGAUCCUCACGGCAAGAAGAUAGAAAUCCUGCGCUUGUUGUUCGACUCCUUCAGCACCAAAGUGUUGCAGCGAACGGAUUCUAUGCUUGCGGAAAUGAGCCUGGAAGGCAUGAGACUGUACGAUGGCACCACGGAAGGCAGUCUGUUUCCACAGAUGAUCACUGUCAAAGAUGCACCACCGGUGCCCGAUGAAAAGCGCAUUGAGGAACUCAACGACGACGGAACGCCUAAAGAGGGUGAGAAGGCGGACGAAAAAGAUGGGGAAGAACCUUUCUUCCAGCUAUCGUUCGAGAACAACCCUCUCGAUGGCAGAGCCGAUACUGCACUCACAAUGAAGCUGAAGGGGAUGGAGUUCGUCUAUAACCCGAAAUUUGUUGUGGAAGUAGCGAAGUUCUUCAAGCCUCCCGAGCGGCAUAUGGAGUCGAUCGGUGCGUUGAUGGAGACAGCUUCAGCGACAGUAGAGGGCAUUCGGAAACAGACACGAGCAGGUCUGGAGUUCGCAUUAGAGGAGCACAAGACCAUCGAUGCCCAGCUGGAUCUGCAAGCUCCUCUGAUCAUUGUACCGGAUUCUAUCACCGAGAAGAGCACCAUCUGCUUGAUUCUGGAUGUUGGACACGUGAGCGUCAGCAGCGAGCUGAUUGACAAAACGACACUGCGAGAUAUCCAAUCGAAACAGAAGCAGCAGUAUACAGAGGAAGACUUCAAGCAACUGGAGAAUCUCAUGUACGACAAGUUUCGCCUGAAACUGAGCUCUACGCAAGUCCUGAUCGGUACAACGAUCGACGAAACCCGGGCACAGUUGGAAGAGUCGUCGACGUCGAAAGACCUUCACCUUAUUGACCGGAUCAACAUGGACUUCACUGUCGAGACUUGCAUCAUUCCCAAAGCUGCCGAUUUAACGAAGUUCAGAAUUUCUGGUCAUCUACCAGUCCUCCACGCUUCCAUAUCUGAUGCGAAGUACAAGAGUUUGAUGAAGAUGAUCGAUGUGGCCGUGCCCAAGUUCGACAACGAUGCAGAGAGCAAGGAAGUCUCUGAUGGCGCCAAAGGGCCCUCAAACAUCAAGCCAUCGGACAAGGGAGACCCGGACAAGGAUGCGCUGGGCAGACCCCGGUCGAAGUCUUUCCAAAUAUCUGGGCAGCAACAUGAGCUUGUCAUGGAAGAGGAAUCAGUCCAGGGCGACGAUUCACCCAAGGAGAGUCCCAAACCAGCAUCGGAGGACAAGGAGGAGCCGGAAGUCAACCCACGCCAGCGAAACUUUGAGUUCAAGUUCACUGUCGACAAGCUGCAAGGCUCGCUCUAUCGAUCGGACGCGGAUGGCAAGAACCCAGAUCAACUCCUUGUCGAGCUGAUUGCGGAGAAGUUCUACCUAGAGUUCUACCAAGAGCCAUUCGACAUGGUGGCUGAAGUGCGGCUGAAAAGCUUGGCCGUGGAAGACCAUGUUGAAGAGAACCCUACGCCUGAGUUCAGGAACAUCAUCUCGUCUGAGGAGGACUCCUCUUCCGGCUCUCAGAAAGAUCUUUUCGUGCUCAAGUUUGUAAAAGUGAACAGGGAUUCCCCGGAAUUCACGUCAAAGUACGAGGGCAUUGCCACAAACCUCGAUGUGUCGAUCUCAACAAUCGAUCUUAUCGUAACACGAAGAACACUACUGACGUUGCUGGACUUUGUCAUGAUCACAUUCACGAACCCCGGGCCGCCGCCAGAACAGAAUCAGAAGCAAAUUGAAGCGAAGCCGGAAGCACAGCACGACAAAAAGGCUGAGGAGCCGCCACCCGAGGACCCGGACAAAAUCCGCGUCAAGGCGAACUUGAAGAGAAUCUCAGUCAUUCUAAACAACGAUGGUAUCCGGCUGGCAACCCUCAGUCUGAAUACCGCGGAUGUCGGUGUAUUCCUCAUGGGUAAGACAAUGCGCGUCGGGGCGAAGUUGGGAAAUCUUUCCUUGAUAGACGAUGUCAAUCAGGGUGUCUCUCCUGAGUCGUCUCUACGGCAACUGCUUGCAAUACAGGGCGAGCAGCUUGCCGACUUCAGCUAUGAGACUUUCGACGAGGAAUCGGAAGACUACCCUGGCUACGACUCGUCUGUAUAUCUCCGGUUAGGCUCACUCAAGGUCAACUUCAUCACUGAGCCUUUCCGGAAGAUCAUGGACUUCGCAGUCAAGUUUGGCAAGAUGCAGGCGAUCUUCAAUGCUGCGCGACAAGCGGCUGCGAACCAGGCCAGCCAGGUGCAAGAAAGAGCUUCAAAGAUGCGUCUCGACAUCGUAGUGAACACACCGAUCGUCGUGUUCCCGAGGAUGGUCAUCACUGACAACCCGGAGCGGGAUCUGGUAACUGCAUACUUGGGAGAGAUCUAUGCGAACAAUGAGUUCGUCCCUUUGGAAGACUCGAAGGACUCUGAUACCGCCAACAAGCUAAACGCAGGUAUUAGAAACAUUCGUCUCACAUCCUUAUUCCACUACGAGGACGACAAGAAAGAAGAGCUCGAAUUGAUCGACAAGGUCGAUCUGGAUUUUAAGUUGACCAUGGUCGAGCACAAAGCUGGACGCGAGCGACCUGACCUCGAGAUUGAAGGGCACAUGUCUGACAUAAAUCUUCGACUCACCCAGCAGCAGAUGAAAUUCAUGUUGGAGCUAUCUCGCACUAUCCCUGCUGCGUUCGCCACAGAACCUGAGGAUGAGGUCGAGGAGGAGGUUCAGCAGGAGCUGCCCAAAGCGAUGGUCGAGCCGGCCAAAGCCGUUACGGACACCAAGCCUUCUGAUGACAUCCCAGACAAACCAACAAGUCAAAAACCGGAGCUUGGCACAAGCGAUGAGACCUGGACAAAACUUGACUUAAUAUUCAAAGUCGGUGCGAUCGGUAUGGAGCUGAUCCAGAGCCAGGAAGACCAGCCUGUCGGCGAUGUAGAAGCUGCCAGUCUAUCUAAAUUCUCCUUGGAUGGUACCAGCGUCAAGCUCCGGAUGAUCAACGACGGCUCCUUGGAAUCGGAACUCCUCGUCCAGUCUUUCAACAUCAAAGACACUCGAACGAAGGAGACAAACAAGUUCCGCAAGAUUAUGUCGCUCAUCAACACGGAUGUCAAGCAGCAGUUCAUGGCCAGUGUAUCCAUCUCAGGCGGCAAAGAGAAGAAUCUGAUAGCUCUGCUCACGAUUGACAGCCCCAGAAUUAUUCUUGCUCUGGACUAUUUGUUUGCUGUACAGGCCUUUGUAACUGGUGGACUCGCUUCUGAUGAGCCAUUGGACAUUGGAGAGAGCUCCUCAGAAGAGGCAACCGAUGCGGAGAGUGUCAGCGAUGUCGAGUCGAGCGCCGUCUCACAACGAAGGGGCAGCUCCGCGGCGAAGGCCGAUGAGGGUGCUGAAGAAGCUGGCAUGAACAUGUCCUUCCGCGUCAACGUUGUCGAUGCACAAGUCGUUCUGAUUGCUAACCCUGCAAUCACCAGCUCGGAAGCCAUUGUGCUCGGUACGAAGCAGGUUCUGGUCUCGAAACAGCACGUUACGACCCUCCAGGUCGAGAAAGUCGGCAUGUUCCUCUGCCGCAUGGACAAAUUUGAGACUACCAGACUGCGCAUCCUGGACGACUUCAGCAUCCAGACAUCGCUUGAUAUGCGCUCCCAAGCCAAUUCGUCUUCGCUUACCAGUAUCAAUGUCGAUAUCGAGCCACUUGUUCUGCGGCUGUCCCUGCGGGAUGUUUUGCUCGCUAUGCAGAUCUUCAACAGAGCAUCCGCCAUGUCCGCUAACGACGACAAGAAGCUCUCGGAUACCGAACCGCAGAAGCUCAAGGACAUCAAGGGGGCCUCAGCCAAGUCACGUCAAAAAUCCGUGGGAGGGGCUAAGUCUACGGCGGCUGGCAAGACCGCCAAGUCCAUCGCGACGAAGAAAACGACCGGUCAGAGCCCCGAGACGAAACAGCAGUCAGCAGGCUCAGCAGUCCUUACACGGGAGGAAAUGAAGAUUUCCAUGGGAGGCAUACGUGUUGUUCUUAUUGGAGACAAGCACGAGCUGCCGAUGCUGGAUUGGAGCGUCAAGAAGUUCACCGUCGACGUUACGGAUUGGUCUGGAGCGAUGAGUGCGGAUACCAGCAUUGACACAUUCUUCAACAUCUUCAAUUUCUCGAAGUCAGCCUGGGAACCACUUAUUGAGCCAUACUCGCUCGGCUUUCAUCUGUCCAAGGAUCUGAAUCCGGAUCGGCUGUCGGUAGAAUUGUACUCGCGGAAAUCGUUGGAGCUCACUGUCACUGCUGCAACUAUUGCCUUGGCGUCAAAGUCCGCCGACUUUUUGUCCAGCGACGAGGAUGUGCUUUCGAAACCUCGGGGGACGGAAGCGCCGUACCGCAUCCGGAACUACACCGGGUUUGACGUCAAUGUUUGGGCGGUAGAUGAAAGUCACAAGGACGAUGCAAGCUCGGCAGCCAAGCUCAGCGACGGCGAAGAAGCACCGUGGAGCUUUGAAGAUCCUUCAACGACUAGAGAGACAUUGUCCUCGGAUGGCGCUACAGGUGUAGUGGGGAUCAAACUCGAAGGCAGCGGCUUCGAUAGCGUUGAGCGUAUUCCGGUCAACCGUGAAGGCGAGGCACUGUACAACCUUAAGCCACGAAAGGACAGGGUGCAGCAUCGCCUUCUAGUCGAGGUCACGCUUGGCACGGACAACGUCAAGUAUGUCACUUUCCGCUCGCCGCUGCAGGUCGAGAACCACACCCAGAUACCCAUAGAGCUCGGAGUUUUCAGCCCGGAAGAGGGCCAUCUGACGAAGAUCGACAAGAUUGCUCCCGGGGACGCACGGCCAGCGCCCGUCGGAGCAGCGUUCAUGCAUUCCCUCAUCGUCCGUCCCGAUCAAGGAUUCGGCUACACGUGGUCAAACGAGCGCUUGUUCUGGAAAGACUUGCUCAAGCGGCCCACCAGGACGAUUACAUGCAGAGGCGAGCAAGACAACCAGUCCCCACCAUUCUACUUCCAGAUGCACGCCGCUUUCGACAAGAAAGAUCCCCUCACCGCCGUCUAUCCCUACAUGCGCAUCAAACUGCAUGCUCCUGUCGAGGUGCAGAAUUUACUGCCUUUCGACUUCAAGUACCGGAUCUACGACGAAAACACGAAGAAGGACUGGACCAAUUUCUUACGGAAGGGCGGCGUCAGCCCAGUCCAUGUUGUAGAGCUUUCUCACUUACUGCUUUUGAGCGUUGACAUGCAGGAUACCCCAUUCAAGCCGAGCAAGUUCGCCGUGGUCAACUCUUCUGAUCGUGAGAAUUUCCGGAGAGAGAAGACGAUAGAGAUCAAGGAUGACAAGGACCUCGCGCUACGGCUGAAGCUGCAUUACUACAACAUACCCGACAGUGGCGGAGCGUUCAAAGUGACUAUCUACAGCCCCUAUGUCAUCUUGAACAGAACCGGCCUUGAGCUGGACGUCCGAAGCAAGACCUUCCUGGGCGGUGCCAAGGCCGCAGCAGGAGUCUUUGCGAGCAACGACGACGUACACAGAUCAAUGCCUUUCAUGUUCUCGUUCCCUACGGAUGAUCGCAAGAAUCGUGCUCUGAUCAAGGUUGGGGACUCGAAUUGGAGUAAGCCUCAGAGUUUCGACGCCAUUGGCAGCUCUUAUGCGGUUACUCUUCCAUCCGCCCAGGGCCGAACGGAGAUGCAUGUAGGCGUGGAUGUGAGGGAAGGCGAGGGCAAGUACAACUUGAGUAAAGUCGUCACGAUCACGCCCCGCUUCAUCGUCAAGAACAAGAUCGACGAGACCAUCAACGUUCGCGAGCCUGGCGCAGGCUCUGCUGACAUGAUGGAACUGAAACCCGGCGAGCUCUUGCCUGUUCGCUGGCUCCGCCAGGGCGCCGGUCAACAGCUCUGCCUUUGCUUCCCAGGCGUGAACAACCAGUGGUCGUCUCCGUUCAACAUCUCCAACGUCGGAAACGUGCACGUCAAGCUUGCGAAGCAUGGACAGCGGCAGAAGCUCAUUCGCGUGGACAUCCUUAUGGAGGGAGCAACGAUAUUCCUCCAUGUCAGCAUCGAAACCAAGCACUGGCCGUUCUCUAUGCGGAAUGAGAGCGAUACCGAGUUCCUCUUCUGGCAAGCAAACCCGAACGUUGAUGAAGACGAGGAGGACCGCGGCUCUGGCUGGAAGCCAAUCCGGUACCGGCUACCCCCACGAAGCAUCAUGCCCUAUGCUUGGGACUAUCCGGCGGCGAAGAACAAGGAGAUCAUCCUAUCGUCUAAUGGCAAGGAGCGACAUGUCAAGCUUGCAGAGAUCGGCAAUCUGCUGCCAAUGAAGCUUCCACCACCUCAAGGCGCUACCCGGCAGAAGAUUAUCGACCUCAACGUAAUGGCCGAUGGGCCAACGCAGACGCUUGUCCUCUCUAACUACAAGGCCUCAAAGAGCUUGUACAAGCAGAAGUCUGGCAAUGCGUCGAAGUCUACAACUGAAGGUUUCGAGGUCAAGGAACAGGACACGGACGUCACAUUCAAAGCUCAGCUGCGGCUGGCUGGCAUCGGUAUCUCCUUGAUCAACAGGCAGCUGAAGGAGCUUGUAUACCUUACGCUUCGCGAUAUCGAGCUGAAGUACAAUGAAUCGGCCCUCUACCAGACCGUCAAUACCACCAUCAAGUGGAUUCAGAUCGACAACCAGCUGUAUGGUGGCAUAUUUCCCAUCGUCUUCUAUCCGAGCGUCGUCCCGAAGACUGGUCGGGAAAUGGAAGCCCAUCCGAUCUUCCAUGCGGCGGUCACGCGGGUCAAGGACGACUCGUACGGCGUGCUGUAUAUCAAGUACUUCACCAUCCUCCUCCAACAGAUGACCUUGGAGAUCGACGAAGACUUUAUCUUCGCUAUGUUGGACUUUGCCAAGAUUCCCGGCGCCUCCUGGUCUGAGGAGAAAGAGGGCAAGCUCGGCGACGAGAACCUCGACAUCCCGGAGCCGACGCAGGAGCAGCAGGGCCAGGACGUCUACUUCGAGCUUCUGCACCUGCAGCCAAUGCAGUUCGAUCUCUCUUUCGUCAGGACGGAGCGCAUCAACGCUGAAGACACGAUGACCUCGUCAAAUCCGCUCAUGUUCGCUGUCAACGUCCUGACAAUGUCUAUCGGCAACGUCAACGACGCACCUCUGCGCUACAACGCCCUGAUGCUCGAGAACGCAAGAACCUCAAUCGCAGCCCUCGUGAACAACAUCAAGAGCCACUACGUGCAAGAGUCUCUCCGCCAAGUCCACCUCGUGCUCGGCUCCGCAGACUUCCUCGGCAACCCCGUCGGCCUCUUCAACAACGUCAGCUCCGGCGUCGCCGACAUCUUCUACGAGCCGUACCAAGGGCUCGUGAUGUCUGACCGACCCCAAGAACUCGGUAUCGGCAUCGCCAAGGGCGCCUCUAGCUUCGUCAAGAAGUCUGUCUUCGGCUUCUCGGACUCCAUGGCCAAGUUCACGGGAUCCAUGUCCAAGGGCCUCGCGGCCGCGACGCUGGACAAGGAGUUCCAGGACCAGCGGCGCAUGAGCCGGAGCCGAAACCGGCCCAAGCACGCGCUGUACGGCAUCACAGCCGGCGGGAAUGCGUUUGCUAGCAGCAUCGCGAGCGGCAUCGGCGGCCUGGCGCGGCACCCGAUCCAGGGCGCGGAGAAGGAAGGCGUAGGCGGGUUCGUCAAGGGCGUCGGGAAGGGCUUCUUGGGUCUUGCGACGAAGCCGGCGAUCGGCGCGUUUGACCUGGCGUCCAACAUGGCCGAGGGCGUGCGCAAUACCACAACCGUCUUCGACCAGGAAGGCCUCGACCGCGUGCGCCUGACCCGCUUCAUCGGGCAAGACGGCAUCGUGCGGCCCUACUCGCAGCGCGAAGCCCUCGGCCAAUUCUGGCUCAAGACGCUGGACAACGGCAAAUACUUCAACGAGGACUACAUCGCGCAUCUCGAGCUCCCCGGAAAGGACAUGCUGGUCAUGCUGACGUACAACAGCAUCAUGCUGGUCAAGACGAAGAAGCUGACGACGGAGUGGGAUGUCCCGCUGAAGGAUAUCCAGACGAUCAGUAAGGAGAGGACGGGGAUUGCGAUUACGUUGAAGGGAGGCACGAACGGGCCGUUUAUUCCCGUCGCGGAUGAGAGUGGAAGGAAUUGGCUGUAUAGACAGGUUGCGGUGGCGGUUAAUGCGUAUAAUGAUCGGUGGAAUGCUAAGGGGUAG